CAUUUCGUUUUAGUAAGUCGUACGAUUUGUUUCUUAUUUGUGAAAGCUCGUCGAACGGAAGCCAAUCUCGCUUUACCCUUUUGAAAAAUAAAGGAAAAAGUUCGUAAAAAGCGAAAGAGCCCGUCGAAAUCAACACAAAAAAGGAGUUCAAUAAAGAUCAAAAUGGUUGCCAAUAAUAUCGAUGCUGGAGUGGAAAUUGCUGCUGCCGAUCAGUCCUCGACGCCUGUGGCCGCCAAGGACGAACUCCCGGCCGGCAAUUACAUCCUGGUGGGUGUUGACAUAGACACCACUGGACGUCGUCUAAUCGAUGAGAUUGUCCAGCUGGCAGCCUACACUCCCACCGAUCACUUCGAGCAGUACAUCAUGCCAUAUAUGAAUCUGAAUCCAGCUGCGCGCCAGCGCCAUCAAGUUCGUGUUAUUUCGAUUGGUUUUUAUCGUAUGCUGAAGUCGAUGCAGACCUACAAGAUCAUCAAAUCCAAGUCGGAGAUCGCUGCACUGAAGGACUUCCUCAACUGGCUUGAACAGCUGAAGGCCAAGGCGGGCUCCGGCUCGGACGGAAUCGUGCUGCUCUAUCACGAGGAGCGAAAGUUCAUUCCAUACAUGAUCCUGGAGUCGCUGAAGAAGUAUGGCCUGCUGGAUCGCUUCACCAAGACGGUGAAGUCCUUUGCCAACAGCCUCAAUCUGGCUAAGGCCUCCAUAGGCGACACCAACAGCAAGCACUAUAGUCUGCGCAAGCUCUCUAAGAUCCUGACCAAGUCCAAAGAGGAUGGCACCCCAGUCUCUGCAUCCACAUCAGGAUCGGGAUCGAGUUCGGUAUCGGGAUCGACAUCCGUCAGCGACAGCACCGUGGUCGAUAGUAAUAGCAGCAUCGAUGAGAAGCGCUCCUCCAAGAACGGCAUCCAGGCUGAACGUGAUCUGUUCGACGGAAACGCCAGUGUGCGCGCCAAAUUGGCAUUCAACGUGGCCCUUCAGCUGAGCAACUGUGACCGCAAACCGGAGCCGGAAUCUUCGGAGGCACUGGAGAACAUGUUCAACGCUCUAAGGCCGUUCGCCAAACUGGUUGGUUCCGAUGUCCAAGAGCUGGACACCCAGAACGAGAAUCUGGAGCGCCAGAACUCGUUCCGCCCGGUGUUCCUCAACUACUUCAAAACCACCUUGUACCAUCGAGUGCGUGCCGUCAAGUUCCGCAUUGUGCUGGCCGAGAAUGGAUUCGAUCUGAGCUCCCUGGGUGCCAUCUGGGCGGACAAGCGCACCGAGGGUCUGGACAUGGCCCUGCAGUCGAUUGGGACAUUGAAGAGCGAGGAUAAGGCCGAGCUGCUGGAGCUUCUAGACAGCUUCUUCGAUCCCAACAAGACCACGAUCAAGCCGGUGAUCAAGUCGCCUAACAAUCGUCGCCGCAAUCGCCGCUCUACCGGUCAGCCGACGAAAAACGGAGGAUCGGUAAGCUUCCGAUCCGCCAGUACAGAGUUUGGAGCUGAAGGCGACAAGUCACAGAGCGUGUCCUCGGUACCGGACUCCACCACAAAGACGCCGUCGCCCAGCAAGGCGCAAUCUCGUCCACAGCGCAAACGGAGCUCGCGUCAUAGUUUCAAUGGCACCUCCAACGGUCUGAAGGUGGCGGAUACCUCCUCCUCCGACAAAGCUGAUCACAACAACACGGCUCCACCCGCCGUUAACCCAGUUGUGGCCUCACCAUCUCCAGUGGCCAUUGCUGCCUCCAACUAAUACCUCUUUCGGUGGAUCCGUAAAUAAAAUCAAAUUUUUGGAAGAGCAUAACACACUAGCAAUUUAGAGAUGACCAGAAAGGGCUUGGGCGGAUAAAAAAAAUAUGCACUUAAACUAUCACAAGAAAGGUUUGGUAUAAAAAACCAUAAGCGAACUUUUUUCCUUUUUAAAGAACUGGCACAGAUAGAAACAAAAUCAAAAUUCCAGUGAAAGCUAAAUUUCCAGUGUGCACUAACACACAAACGCAUCACAAUCAUGAGCACUUCAGUGAAUGGAUACUGUGAGUAAACCGUUACUGUGACCGUGACGUAAACUGUGACUGUGGCAUAGUGAUGACACAGCUUCAAUUGAAUAUUUCAAAACGAUGAACUGUUAAUCGAGAUGUUGGGAACUCGAUGUGCAGCAUAUUAGUAUGCUGCCGCCCACUGUAAACACACGAGGCCAAAGAUCGAAACUUUGGAGCACCAUGCAAGCAUAUUUUAAGAACUGAUCGUACGAUGGAGAUUAUGUUGAAGAAACGAAAGUGACUGGCCAUAAUAUGACUGUACAAUAAUGAUAACCGCAACUGCGUUAAGGCAUAGUUUUCCAGGCGAACCGACGCAGGAUGUCGUACCAGGAUGGGCGAUUGGAAAAAUAUGAACCAAAAAACGCAUCGAUGAAAAUUUUACAUUGGACAGGCCUCUCGAACCACACUCAACCCUUUAAUAUUAUAAGCAAGACAGAGCCUGGCCUUGUCCAAUGUUGAAAACUUUCACAUUGAAGCUUCACCACACCGAACAUAAAAAAAACAGUAAAACCUCACACGCGCCACGCAACGUACCAGAUCAAGCAAUCAAUCAACGACACUUUUUUCACACAUUGAAAAAUAUCAGAAUAAUGGAUGAAGAAGAAACUAAAAGCUCAAUUAUCAGUACAUAUCAACACAUCAAGCUGUAUUUCAUAAAUGUUUCAUGAUAGCAUUUUUUUCAAAUCCAAAAGCAAAUGUGAUCUCUAUAUGAAGGCGUGAAUAAACGAUUUGAAUGUA